AAUGAUGAUCAGUAUAGUUACUUCAUGAUAUGUGUAAAACUAUGUUAGGUGUAAAUCCUAUCUUCAAUUUCUAUAGUUACGUUAAUAAAAAAAAACUAUCUGGAAGUUGUUUUAACGGUUCCGUCUUUAUCUUUAUAAAUUAAAUAAAAAUAACUAUCAAUUUAUACAAUUACAGACGCUUCGCAGAUAGCACAUAAAUCCUUAAGUUAUCUUUAAGAUACCUUAAAAACAAUCUUUAUCGUAUUAGGCAAUAUUAGACGUGUACUCCAUGACUUUUGAACUUUGUUUUAUGAUUGGGUUGGUUCCGGUAUCUAAGAGUUUCGUGUUUGUAGCAAGUUAAAUAAAACAUGGCGCCGCAAUAGUAAUAGAUUAUCUUUCAAUCAGAAAAAAAAAUUCCGUAAAACGAAUUGUAAUUUUAGUGUAAUAUAAAGAAAUAAUUAUCUAAGAAUGCAUCUUGGAGCGAACGUGCGUAUAAGUAAAAUUGGACUUUGUGUGACAGUUGGCUUUUUUAUUCUAUUGUAUCUUUACUCAACUCGAGGACCGUCUUACUCCAGUAUAGACAAUAGAUAUGUUAUUUCCUUGAAAGCACUCCUUGCUGGAUCUAUAAGGGCUGCAAAAAUGGGAGGAUCAGAAGUAGUUUUGGUCCAUAAUCAAAACCGAUUGAAUAUUGAGAGUAAAGGAAAAACCAAAGAAGGUGUUAAUGAUCCAGUGACAGCUGCAGACUAUCGUUCUCACUGUGCUAUGUAUCAUUCAUUGAUUGAAGCCUUUCCAAAAAUUACUGUGAUAUCUGAGGAAAUGUCUAAGGGAUGUGAUCAAAUAGAAGUGCCAAGUUUAAAAGAUACUAUUAAAGAAUUAGAUCAAUACGGUAUUGGUUCUGACAUUGCUGCUAAUGCUAAUGAUGUCACUGUUUGGAUAGAUCCCCUAGAUGCUACAAAAGAGUUCACAGAGAAUCUUUUACAAUAUGUAACAACCAUGGUUUGUGUGGCAAUUAAGGGCGAACCUGUAAUAGGAGUUAUAUUCAAGCCCUUUGAACCAAAAACUACAUACUGGGCAUGGGUUGAUCAUGGUGUAUCGCCAAAUUUGAGAAAUCUUCCUCAGCCUAAGGAAGGCAGAAAUCCUGUCUUAAUAGUAUCACGCUCUCAUGCUGGAAGAGUUCAUAAUGCAUCUAAACUGGCAUUGGGGGACAACGUUCAAGUGAUUUCGGCAGCUGGCUCAGGCUACAAGUCUCUUGAAGUAGCUGUUGGUAAUGCAACAGCAUAUGUUCACAUGACAGCAAUUAAAAAAUGGGAUGUCUGUGCUGGUGCAGCAAUCAUCAGUGCUUUAGGCGGUAGUGUUACGCCUCUGUCAGGUCCACCCCCUAUGGGUUUUGGUCCAACAGAUUCGACUUUACUAAACUCUGGUCUGUUAGCCACCAUGCAAGAUCAUAAAUGGUACUUAGAUAAAUUCUACAAUGUGUAGAGCUCUUGCAGAGUUUCUGUGGUCUUCACGUCUGGUUACAUAAACAGGACUAUGUGUUGUAAAACGUAUCAAGCGAUAAGUGGUCUAUGUUAUCUCUAGUUAUGAUAGCAAAAUGCUUCCAGUGUUAUUAUAAAAGUAAAUUAUGCGAAAAAUUCCCUGAGGAUUCCAAUACUUUCUUUUGGACUAUAACAACAUGUUCUAACUCUUUUGAUAUUUUAAAUUUCUUCAUCAAGACUCAAUGCAUUAUGCACAGUGCAUUCUUACACUCAUUUGCAUUGUGCCUUGCAAAUGAAUUUAACGUGGUACAAAUAUUUUGUGAUUAGAUAUUUACCUAAAGUUUGUACAUCGCGUAAUCAUUUGUUGUAUCUACAAAUGAUCAUGAUCUGUACAUACAUAUACUAUAAAUCUGAAAUAAAAACAAUUUGUGAGAGGCA